AGAGAGAGAAAAAAAAGAAAAAAGAAAAAGGAAAAAAGAAAACUGUAAGGAAGGGAUCGGAUCGGCGAAGCAAACACUUGCCAUUUUACCGAGUACGGUGGGGGGGUUUGUUGUCUCCUCCGCACAGAGAGAUACUUCCAAGCGAUUGAAUCAUCAUUGUAAUUUCUACCAGAGAUUUGAAAGCUUUGAAGAUCUACAUCCAUGUCGUUUAAUUGUUAGUUUCCUCAUUCUAUCCAUACCACUCCAACUUCAUUUCAUCGGAGCGUCUCCUCGCCGGUUACUGCAAUGGUGGUCUGCAAAUGCCGCAAGGCCACGAAGUUGUAUUGUUUUGUUCAUAAGGUUCCCGUAUGCGGAGAAUGCAUUUGUUUCCCAGAACACCAAAUAUGCGUGGUUCGUACCUAUUCAGAGUGGGUGUUGAAUGGAGAUUAUGAUUGGCCUCCAAAUUGCUGCCUGUGUCAUGCUACACUCGAGGAAGGAGUUGGUCCUCAAACUACUCGAUUGGGGUGUUUGCAUGUCAUACAUACGGAUUGCUUGGUCUCACAUAUCAAGAGCUUUCCUCCAUCCACUGCCCCUGCUGGAUAUGACUGUCCUGCCUGUUCUGUUUCGAUAUGGCCUCCGAAGAACUUUAAAGAUUCAGGAUCGCGUCUACAUACAAAGCUAAAGGAAGCUAUCUUGCAGACUGGUCUGGAAAAGAAUUUGUUUGGAAAUCAUCCAGUUGGAUUAUCACCAACAGAAUCCCGUGGUCCUCCCCCUGCCUUUGCCUCAGAUCCCUUGGUUUCCUCUUCAGGAGACACACGUAACAAUAAGGGUUCAUUAAAUUCAAUAGCAAACAUUGAGUCAAAUCUGGGUGAAGGGUUCUCCGCCACAAAUGGAACUGGGUCUUCCAAAAAUAACAUUGCAGAUAUUGUAGAGAUUGAAGUGCCUGGUUCAGAAGGAAAUUUUGUGAAAGGCUCAAGUCCUUCAGGCCCUGUUGCCACCACAAGAAAAGGUGCACUCAAUUAUGACAGGCAAAAUUCUGAAAUUUCAUAUUAUGCUGAUGAUGAAGACGGUAACCGUAAGAAGUAUGUUCGAAGAGGUCCUUUUAAGCACAAGUUUCUUAGAGCACUACUUCCUUUCUGGUCAACUGCAUUACCAACUCUACCCGUGACUGCACCUCCUCGUAAAGAUUCAUCGAAUGGCAAUGAUGUCAGUGAAGGUCGCGUUCGGCACCAAAGACCCUCGAGAAUGGAUCCGAGAAAAAUUCUUCUUAUCAUAGCCAUCAUGGCAUGUCUGGCAACAAUGGGUAUUUUGUACUACAGACUUGUACAAAGAGAUAUUGGAGAAGAAUUUGUGGAUGACGAGCAGCAACUGCAAGCAGCACAAUGAAAAAUUUGAAGAAUUUGUGGUGCUGUUUGAAUUUGUUUGGCUCCUUGAAAUCGGACCUUUUACCAAUUUCAUCAUACAAAAGCACUCACUGUAAGUAUAUUUUACUUUAGGCUUUUCUGCCACAGUGAGAGGUGAAAGUAUUUUUAUGUGAGCCUUUUUGUCAUCUUACAACUCUUGCUCUUGUGUUCACUUCACUUGUAUGGAUUGUGGAUCAGAAAAUUAGGUUAAAGAAAAUAUCUUUUGUUGGAACUAAUUUAUUUUGUAAUUACUCAAUU